AUGAGUGGAAAUUUGGUUAUAAAUGAUAUAUUUAGUAAAUUUCAAAAAAGCCUUGACGAAGAACAAGGAUUACGUGAGGUUAUCCGUAACAUUUGCAAAGAAAUAGAUGCCAUAUCCCGGGAGUCAACAACGGUCCUUCAGGUUAUUCAUUACAAUGAAGCUGGUAUUGCCCCUGCAUGUCUUCUGGCAAGGCAAUUGUUUGAAAAGGCCAAUGCUGGAUAUGCAAAAUUAAGAAAUGCUGUUCCCUCUUCCGAUUAUUAUAAAUAUCAGGAUCAUUGGAAAUUUAUGACACAACGCUACUGCUUCCUUAUUACACUUACUAUUUGGCUGGAGAAGGGGAUAAUGGCCUCACAUGACACUGUGGCUGAGGUUCUUGGGAUAAGUGCUGUAGAAGAAAAAGAAGGGUUUCAUCUGGACAUUGAAGACUAUCUUGUUGGACUUUUGAAUUUAUGCUCUGAGUUGUCUCGUCUGGCGGUUAACUCUGUCACUCGUGGCGAAUAUAAUAGACCGCUGCAAAUAUCAAAAUUUGUCAUGGAGCUGAAUGCUGGUUUCAGGUUACUUAACCUCAAAAAUGACCACUUGAGAAAACGAUUCGACGCUUUGAAAUACGACAUGAAGAAAAUAGAAGAGGUAGUUUAUGAUCUCAGCAUUCGCGGCUUGCUGCCCAAAACCGAGGCAGAGGAUAAACCUGCACAGCCU